GGGAGAGCAAGCGGCAGCCAGCCCGUGGUGUGCCAUUCUGGCCUUGCGUUCUGACCUCGCAGGAAACCGCGCGGCUUGCUUCCAGCUCUCCCCCCCACCCGCACUGCACUUGAGGGGCUCGGCUGCUCCUCGUCCAUCCGUGAUCAUCGCCCCGAUCCCGAAGUCUGCGGAAGGGAAGAGAAAGGCGGCGGCCCACCAAGGCAACAGCCACCGCCAGCCGUGCGGCAUGCCGGCGCUACUGCUGCUGCUCCGCCCGCUGCCUUGACCCUGCUGAGGUCGCCAAGUACGGAGCCGGAGGGCUCGACUCGGGGAAAAGCACCCAGCCGGCAGGGCAGUAGCUCAGCCCCUCCCUCCGACAGGGCAGGGCCAGCCGGCUCGUGUUCCCAUUAGCCCCGGUGCAAGGGGCCACGAGGAGGAGAAACGGUCCAAGGCUGCGGGAGAGAAGACCUGAGGAUGGGCAAAGCCGAGAUUGCAAUGACACCUCUCCAGCAGUGGGGUGAAGAGGCAGAAGAUGGAGCCAUCUACAGCAUCACCCUUCAGCGAGUGAGGGCAGAGCCCAUGGCCAACAGAUCCUGCCACUUGGACGAUGCCAACCCACCCGAGUGCCCCUUUGUACAGUACCGUACCUGCAAGAGACGUACACUGCGGGCUGCCACACUCCCCAGGCUGGUGAAAUGGUUGGUGUCAGCCAGCGCGGAGGGGGACCUUGGCUACGUCCCCAGCUUCCUUGCCACCUACCGGGCCUUCACCACUGCUGAGCAGGUGCUGGAGCUGCUGCUGCCCCUGGGACCAGACAAAGCGGUGCUCCAUGUAUUGGAGCUCUGGCUUCAGGACCACGCUGAGGAUUUCUGGCAGCCUCCUGAGCACCUGCGUCUGCACAGAGCCCUGCGUUUCCUGCACCUGUCUGCUCCUGGUUCCCCAGCGUGUGCUCUGGCAGAGGGCCUGCUGCAAGCCAACCAAGAAAGAAAGGAGGAACGUGGAAAGGAGGAAGACCCAGCCGAAGCAGAUGGGGCCUCUGUUUUUAAAAAGCCCAUGCACAGAGGAUUGUCCCCGGCGUUGGGGUUGCCACAGGCAACUGGAGAGGCAGCUGGGUCAGAUGACUGUGAGGAGACCCCAGCCUUGCUGUCCUUCUCCGUGGAUGAAGUGGCUGAGCAGCUGACCCUGAUGGAUGCAGAGCUCUUUAGAGUGGUGCAGCCCUUCCACUGCCUGGGCUGUGUGUGGUCCCAGCGAGACAAGAAGGAGAAUCAGCACAUGGCUCCCAGUGUCCGGGCCACUGUGGCCCAGUUCAAUGCCGUCACCAGCUGUGUCAUCACAUCCGUGCUUGGAGACCUGGCCCUUCGCAUUCCCCAGCGGGCACACCUGCUGGAUAAAUGGAUCAGCAUUGCUCAGCGAUGUCGGGACUUACGCAACUUCUCCUCUUUGUACGCCAUCCUCUCUGCUCUGCAGUCCAACUCCAUCUACCGACUCAAGCGCACCUGGGCUGCUGUCAACAGGGAUGCCAGAAGCUCCUUCCGAAAGCUCUCUCAGAUCUUCUCCGAAGACAACAAUCAUCUGAAUUGCCGGGAAAUCCUACUGCAGGAAGGAGGUCUCCAGGGCAGCUCUGAUGGAUGCAGUACCCCUCAAACACCAGCCCGGACAUCUCUGAAGCAGAGGCCUCAGCCCAGGCUAGUGGCUCCCACCAUCCCAUAUCUUGGGACAUUUUUGACAGAUCUGAUCAUGCUAGACACGGCACUCCCAGACUUUGUGGAGGGUAACCUCAUUAAUUUUGAGAAGCGGCGGAAGGAAGCAGCAAUCCUCUCUUGGAUCCGUCAGCUGCAGGAAUCAUGCCGGGGGUACAAUUUUUGCCCCAACCCAUCCUUCCGCUUUGCCUUCCAAUGGCAACAGCAGUUUUCUGAGGAACAGAGCUACCGGAUUUCCCGCGUGAUUGAGCCACCGGCUGACUCCUGCCCAAACUCACCAAAGCUGCACCGCAGUCUGACCAAGCGCUUCAGCUCACUUCUCCUGGGCUCGGAAGCCUCUGCCACCACUCCAGGCCCCGACAAGUCUGGAAUCUCACCACUGGGCUCUUGCAGCAGCCUUACCUCUGAGGAUGACUCCAGUACCCCUUGCUCUCCAACUCAAGGACCUUCCACUUGCAAGAAUCUGCUUGUAUCUCCGCUAAGCACCAGGCCUCUUCUCGAGCCACCCCUACACUCUCCCAUCUUGAAGCAGAGAGGGACGGAAUCGCGCAUCAUCCGUGUCAGCAUGGAUAACAUGCAAGGCAACCUUUAUCGCAGCAUUGUGAUAACCAGCCAGGACAAGACCACCGCUGUGCUGCAGCGUGCCUUGCAGAAGCACAACCUGGAAGGGGCAUCCCCACACAACUACCGGCUCCUGCAGCUUCUGGGGGAUGGCCAAGAGCUGCUGAUCCCUGACAGUGCCAACGCUUUCUACGCCAUGAACCCUGCUGGCCCUUGUGACUUCCUCCUGCGCCACAAGGAAGGAGCGUCCAGCCCUCCAGCCUUUGGGACUGCACAGCGUGGUAGCAGAGGCACCGUUCAGAGCACCCCCUGGCUCAAGGACCUUGGCACCCCCACAGCUCUCCCUGCCACUUCACGCCCCACACCUUCUUCUUAUAGCCCCCCACACUUAGCACCUUCCAGCCCCACUCUGCUUUCCUCACCAUCCCCUGCUAUGGCUCCACAGCUUAGGCCAUCUUUGUCUCUCCCGACACAGCCAUGUCCCGCUCCUUCCUCCCGGUUCCUGGGAGUUCAGCAGCCAGCAGACCCCUGUAGCUCUUCUCCUCCCUCCCUGCCGCCGCCGCCUCCUCCUCGUCACCCACUAGCCCUGGAGCCCUUCAGCCCUGCCCUGCCUCACAGUUUUCUCCCUUCUCCUUUGCACAGGCCACAGACUCCUCCUGCUUCUGGGAGCCGGUUGUCCCCUUGCCAUUCUUCAGGGGCAUUCUUUUGGCCAGAGUCCCCCAACCCCUGAGCUGCCCUUUCCCACUUUGGGCUCCUCCAAGUGGAGAACCUUAGAUGGCCCAGGGUCUUGCCCCAAAGCAAGUGGGCCCUCACAGCCAGAGCUAAUCUCUCUGACUACAAUCACCUUCCGUGCUUACAGCAUUGUGGAUUUAGACACCACACACACAAACUUGCACUCUGAGUGCCCCAUGGGGGGAUGACGAUGUUUAUGGAUGGGCCAUUUGUGGGAUUCCAUAGCAUUCCACCCAUUCUCACCCCGCUAAUCACAGAGCUAGAAAGGAAGGUCCCAAAGGCCAUCUCGUGCAAAAGACAGCCUAUGCAGCCCAGAUGCAUGCUGGACUAGAAGCAGAGAUCGGUAGCACUAUUGAAGGCAUACAUUUCAAGCUAGUAAGCCAAGCCAUGUGCUAUGUCAAAAGGCUACCUCUGCCACUCAUCUCUUGAAUACAACAAUAUGAUCAAGGACAGAACAGACCCUCAGUUCUGGAUAGGGGGCUUUAAGGGCACUGAACUGGAGGGGUCUUUCCUGAACUCUGAAGAGUGGACUCCCAGUCUCUUAGGCAAGAGGAAGUUUAGGGAGUUAGAAGCAUAGCACAGUUUGCAGUGCCCCUUGUGAAAUCACCUGUAAACCUCCCAGAAGACAAAGAGGAUAUGGAUUCAUCAUCCAAAGAAUGGGUUCCUUCUAAGGGAUCAUUUUCCUCUUCUUCAAAAAGAAGUCCUCCUUCCCUGAGACUCUCAUUCUCUGUGGCAUUGGAGGAGCAGUCAGCUUGGGAGUGGGAUGAGUGUAUUAGAUCCCGGAAGGUCUCAUCCACUUCGCUUUCUGACUCUUUCAGCUUUUCCAGGUCAGCUCUCUUUUGCUUCAGGGGAACAAACUUGUUCCCCAUGAGCCAGGAGUUCAUUGUACUGAGCACAUACCCACAACUUCAUAGUCAUACAUGUGACACUCUAUGCAAUCCACUGACGAGCACCCACUCUGCCUUCAUAAUUGUAAGGGGUGGCCCAAGAUAUUGUGGCAACCCCCCGGAGGGGGGGGUCAGCUCCCUUUCAAAGCCAGCCCUUACAAGCUUUGAAAGAGCAGGUGGGGCGGGGUGGGGGGGAGGUUGCCAGCAGCCUCCUCUCCUCUCCUCAUGCUUUGUGCAAGCUUUGCAAGAGGUGUCUCCUUACAAAGUUUGCCAGGGUCAGAUCUGUCCCAAAGAGCUGUUCAGAGGGACAUCUUAGUCCCCUGCUGCCUGAGGUGACUGCCUUAUAUUGCCCUUGACAACUCUUGCUUGUUUGGAGGUUUUUACUUUACUUGGGAAGCUGAAUCUUACAAGUUCCUACUUUAAGAGAGCUGUGGUUGUUAAAGGAGGGAGUUAAGUGCCCUGACCUCUUCCUUGCCCGGCUGCUAAGCUCACCCAGGUGUUUUAACUCACCUGGUUGCAUACUAUUAUCCUUGAAGGUUGGGAUGCUUCAUCACUGGGAUUCCCUCUUGUUCAUAGAACUGGCUCCCUCAUAAGCCAGCUCUAUAUACCCCUAGCUAGCGCCCCUCAAUUUCCUCUUGUGGCCAAUUAGAGUAGGAGGCCCUUGUCUAGAGGAAGAGGAUGUGACUCAGCUACUGAGCUGCCACAAACUACAAUGAAUGCCAAAUGAAUGGCUGUCCGGACAGUGUCAGCCCCUGGGAAUCAAGCUUUUCAUGGGGUAGUGGACAAUGGGGAAAUGCCAGUGAAAAUGUCAGUGCGGGGGGGAGGCAGAUUCCAUGCUACGGAUUAUGAGGAAAGAGAUUGAAAAUAAAGCAGCCACUCUCAUAAAUGGUAGUGCUUUUGUAUAUCAUGUGGUUGCAUUGUAAUAGGGUGUAGAAUUUUCAUCACCCCAUCUCAAAAAAUGGGGUUAACAGAUACAUUCUAUUAAAUAAUCAAAUGGCUGGAGCACCUUUUCUGUGAGGAAAGACUAAAGCAUUGGAGAUGUUUUAGUUUAGCAAAAAUUACUGGGGGUAUGAUACAAGUUUAUAAAAUUAUGCAUGGUGUGGAGAAAGUGGACAGUGGCAUCUGUCCACUGCUGGAAAAGUGGACUAGAUGGACAUGACUAAUCCAACAGGGCUCUUCUUUUUAGACUCCUAAUACAACAAGCACACUAUAGAGCACAUUAAGUGUGCUUGUUUUUUUAAGUUAGGGCAAGAAUUUUUUUUUUAAAGCCAAAUAACAGUCAGAUGAAGAGAGAGAUCAGAUAAGAGACCGUGACUUCAAUAAGUUCAUGAUGUUUUCAAAAUGUACAAGUGACUGGAAUAAACAACCCCUGAAGCACGUUCCAGGGGCCUUAUCAUGCCCA